AUGUCACGGCGAAAAGCGAAAAGACCGACCAGUUUAUCUGUGCUUACCUCGCGACCUUGUCUCCGAGGCCCGGUUGAGCCUAAUUCUCAUGUUCUUAAAAAGUCUUUGUCUCGAGAUUUGUGUAGAGACGACGCGCAGUCGUCUGCCGCUCAUGGGUUCGCGGUCAGCAAGAAUCAAGCUUUUCUUGAAUCAGUGAUCGGAGUCCCGGGCGAUAAUAGACUUGAGAAAAAGUUUCUAGCGAGUAUGGCUUGCAACUGA